AGAUCCAUGCCUAGUCUGUGGAACAACUCAACGAACCAGCUAACAUUUUGGCACCACUUCUUGCAUGGCAUGUGCUUCGUUCUUCCGAAGAACCGUCUCAUUCGGAAUUCGCUUUUUGUGCAAAGAAGGAAAUCGUUGUCCAAUUUCGCAAGAAAUUCGCUUCUUCUGCCGCUCAUGCCGAUAUGACAAAUGCAUCAGUGUUGGAAUGAAUAGAGGACAAGUACAACAAAAACGGGACGAUAAUAAUGUGCCGAAAUAUGUUUUGGACUCUAGAAGGCUAGGAAUUCAGGAGAUUGUUAGAGGAUACACUACUUCAAGAACUGUCCCUUCUGAGCCUGCUGAACCAAUCAGUCCUGGCUCCACCGGUUCAACCGGAUCUACAAGAUCAUCUUCUCCAGAAACAUCUCCAGCUGAACCAUCAAAGAAAUCUGAAUUCAGUAUCAUUCUGAACACUUAUCCUGACGAUUUACUACAGUAUUAUGUAAAGCAGGUGGAAAUGUCAAUGAUUCACAAACAACUAGGGUUAUUGAAGAACACCCUUUUAGUAAAAUCUGUCGACGAACUAGUUGAUAUAUCUGAAACACUGAAUGACUUAUCAAUGGAAGCAUGCAUGAAUUGCCCAGGCGUUGAUAUUUUGAGACAGCGAGAUGUUGAAGUCAUUCUCAAAUCGUUUCAUUUUGCAAAUGUUUGGAUGGACUCCAUUUGGGCGUAUUCUAGGCACAACGAGUCUAUUGUGAAUAAGUUUUUUGAAAAUAAUGGACCAUUAUCCAUGUUCAUUAAUCAAAUAAAAUCCACUCUCGGCUCUUCACUUUCUCAAUUAACGUUUAAUAUUUACGAGUUUUCGGCUCUAAAAGCUUUCUGCGUCUGGAAACUUAGCUACCAUGACUCAACGAUAUCAAUUAACAUUAUGGCAGAAGAGCAAUAUAUUGGAAUUUGCUCAGCGCUACGAAAGCAUUAUGAGGCAACUACAAACAUGACCGACGUAGAUAUUGCAAUGAGAAUUGCUGAAAUCACAUUGCAAAUUGUGCCAGCUACGACGAUUUACCAGGACAUGAUACGUUUCUAUCAACAGAAUGGACUCAUCGAUAAUCUUUGAAAUUUUUAUAUAUUUUUCUCUGAAAAAUGAUUGAUCUCAAACUAAUUUUAGAAGAUAUUAUUUUCAAAUACUAUGUAUUUUAUGAUCAUUAUUCUAUUAAAGAUAUUUCAAAACAUUAAAAAAAUACUAAUAAA